AUGGAACCCCAGGUGGUCGUGGCCGAGCUCCAAAGGCGUCAGCAGGAGGCAGAAACCCUUCGCACCGAGCUGGGGACCUCCCAGGUCGCGCAGGCGGAGCUGCAUGCCUCCCUGAGUGCGAUGGCCCUGGAGAACAUUCGGCUGAGGGAUGCGCUGGCGGCGGCGCAACGGGCCGCCGAACCGAGCGUGGUCCAGCUGCGGCAGGUGCUCCUGGACCCCGCCGUCAAUGCUGAGCUGGCGAGGCUCAAGCGAGAGUUGGAGCGUAGGUCGGGCCGGGGACCGGACGACCCCGCGACUGGGAGGGGCAUGGAGGAGGUCCAGGCGGCAGGACCCAGGCAAGAACCCUUCCCUGCUGCUGGAGGCCUGAAGCAGGUCAUGGAGCUGGGGCGGGCAGAGCUGCGGGAUUUGCAGGCUGCUUACGACGAGCUCGAAUCGCGGGCGCAUGCGCUAGAGGAGGAGCGUGACACGCUUCAGCGACAGCUGCGGCGGCGGCAUGCAGCCGAGAAGUACGAGGCCGCUCUCAAUGGGAAGGCGGUGGGCGCUGCGCCGGCCGUGCCGCGCCACGGCAAGAGGGCACAUGGCGACGCGGACAUGCGAGGCUCUGCUCCUUCGCCCCGGGCCGCCGAGCGGGCCAGGGGCCAUGCCGUGGACGAGCGGCAAGACCGCCGCAGGCGACGUUCCUGA